AUGGAUUUCAGCUCGUUGGAUCCCCACACGGCCCACACGGAGGACACCGCCUCGGUGAUGGAGGAUCCAGUGCGCCUCUUUCACGGCCGGGUGAGGAUCGUGUGGGAGCACGGCCUGCACGCGCUGCGGUCGAAGCUGAUGGUCACAGUGCUGGGCAAGGGAGAGCAGUGCAAGGAUGCCAGCAGGCAUCAGUGCCUGAGGAUCGGCGACGAGCCGAUCCUGUGCAUCUCCAAGGAGCUGGCCUGUGACGGCAUCCGCCACUGUCCCUACAGCAACGAGUACGACAGCGAUGAGGACUACGAGAUGUGCCUCAAACAGCGCCGACCUGGUGCCGGCAAUCUGCCCGCGGGCCUGGAGUCGGACCUUUUCGAGCAGUUCGGGAAAGUCCUAACAGUGCGGGAACAGGAGCCGGCAGUGGCUUCACCCGCCGCAACUCGACUCGAACGGGCCUCCACUCGGACCUCUCCAAAUACGGGCCCUGGGGAUACCUAAUGCUCGGCAUGCUCCUCUGCGGCGGUGCCCUGCUCAUCUGCGGCCUCUGGGCCUCCGCAUCACAGCACGCGGUCAACAAUGACAGGGAGGCGGCGCAGGCCGCUGCCAACGGCGGAGGUGGAGGCGGAUGCGGGAGCGGCUAGCACCAGCCACACAACAACAACAACCACAACAGCAGCAGCAGCAGUGGCAUCGGCGACGACUGCUCUAACUGGUGCAUCACCAGGCGAUCCCCAGCAGCAGCAACAGCAGGAGGAACAGCCAACGAACUAGAAGAAGGUGUCGCACCGGGAAUAACCAUAGAUUAGGUACCCAACAUCUCUCUGACUGACUCUGAUGCAAUUAGCUUAAAACCAAUUUAGUGAUAGAUCUAAGUGUAACCUCGAUGUUGAAUGUUUGACUAUGCUAACCACUCCAACCGUCCUGCAUCCGAACCGCGUCUGUCCAAUGCCCCAAAGGCAGUUGACAGACCCAUUAGAAUC